UAUGCAAAUCCGGAGGUUUUUCCUCGGAUUUGAGUCUUUGUAUUUUUAACUAAAAAAUCCAUACAAAUCCAUUCAAAUCCAUUAUAAAAUCAAAUAUAUUAAUAAAUCCGUACGAUUGAAUAACACUUGAUUUGAUACAGGAUUUAUGAAUCAUUAAACCAAUAACACAUGAUUUUAAUACAGAUUUGAAAAUCAUAGAACCAAUAACACUAGAUUUUGUUCGGAUUUUCAAAUCCAUUAAAAUACAACAACCAAUGACCCCUACUAAGUAAUGCAUAAAGGAGAUGUGUCAAUCCACUUAUCACAAAUGAUUUUAAAUUAGAAAUUCAAAUUAGAGUUCAAUCAAAUAAUCCAACUUAAUUUAUAAUUGAUUUAACUCAAAAGUCGGUCCAUUGAUCAUUAUUUAAUUGUCAAAAACAAAUAUCUCGAAGGGGUGUACUUGAUACAACGUCCCAAACUGAAAAUUGGAAGAAUCUUACGUAAUAUGUAAAAGAUAUGUGCUAAUCCCAUUUCUACCAAAUAGUUAAGGUUGAAACCUAUCUAAAUUAAUAUUAUGAACUUCCCAAAUACUUUCUUCAGCUCUUCCUCUGUCAUGUCCCUGAGAAGUUAGCUGUGGCUUGCAAAUGCCUUUCUACUCGAGAACAAAGUUUCAUGCAUUCCUUUCUUGAUGCAUGGAUUUGAGUCUACUGACAUGAUAACCAUAAACAUUCAACGAACAUUAUUUUCCAUUAGUUUAUAAUUCAUAACUUUGUCAAAGCAGCCGAUUAAUUUAUCUUAGCAUUAAUCACACGAUCGAAUAAAAAAUGUGAAUAAGGAAAUCUUAAAGAUCCUUCAACAACUAACACUCGCAUAAAUAAUAAUAACACAAUGUGCGCGUCAGUAUGAGUAUGAACCAUGGCUAACACGAUCAUCUCUAUACAUAUUAGCUUAUAACUUAUUUGUUAUUUGAGAGAUUAACUUGUGAAUUUGAAGAAGAAGAAAAGAGAUCAAAGGAUGGGGAAAGAUUUCAAAAGCAUGGUCACAAGAUGCAUCUACGUAGGAAAAGAGAACGAUAACGCCAAGAAGCUGAAAACCAUAACUGAGGAGCUCAGGGAUCUACACAACAGUGUGAUGAAAAGAGUCAAAAUGUACGAAGAUCAGCAGAAGCUGAAGCGUCUAGAGAAAGUCCAGGUGUGGCUUAGACAAUCCGACGCAGCCAUCAAAGAGGCAGAAGAGAUGUUGAUGAUGUACAUGCCUUCUUCUGCAUCUAAUGGAUCAAACGUGAUGAUGAAUAGUAGUCACAAGAUAGACAAGAAGAUUUGCAAGAUGCUGAAAGAGGUUCAGGAGAUAAAGAGAAGAGGAACAUUUGAUGUGGUGGUUGAAAACAGUGGCGUUGGUGGUGGGUCGAUGAUGAUCUCGACCGUUGAUAGAGAUGAUCAGACGGUUGGUUUAGAAGCGGUUUCAGGGUUGGUGUGGAGGUGUUUGACGGUGGAUAACACUGGGAUUAUUGGGUUGUACGGCGUGGAAGGUGUUGGGAAGACGACGGUGUUGACUCAGGUUAACAACAGGUUGCUUCAGCACAAGUCAAACGGGUUUGACUUUGUGAUUUGGGUGUUUGUGUCCAAGAAUCUGAAUCUUGAGAAGAUUCAAGACACGAUUCGGGAGAAGAUAGGGUUUCUUGACAGGUCCUGGACGAGCAAGACCGAGGAAGAGAAAGGCGGUAAGAUCUUCGAGAUACUUAGCAAGAAACGGUUUGCUCUGUUUCUUGACGACGUUUGGGAGAAAGUUGAUCUAGUGAAAGCUGGUGUGCCGCCACCCGAUGGACAGAACAGGUCGAAGAUUGUGUUCACGACCUGUUCAGACGAUGUUUGUCGGGAAAUGGGAACACAGACGAAGAUCAAAAUGGAGAAGCUGUCAUGGGAGAGAGCUUGGGACUUGUUUAAGAAGAAUGCUGGAGAAGAAACGGUGAAGAGCCACCCGGACAUAACCAAGGUGGCUCAGGAGGUCGCAGCCAAGUGUGACGGUCUCCCCUUGGCUCUGGUCACAAUCGGCCGAGCAAUGGCCUCUAAGAAGACACCUCAGGAAUGGCGUGACGCUUUGUACAUCUUGAGUAACUCUCCUCCAAAUUUUUCAGUUCUCAAGCUACUGGACAGGAACUAGUUAAUGUGUGCACUCGAGGUAUUUUAUCUUUUUGGCAUAUUUAAAAAUGAAUAACUUGUCCAUUUACCCUAUAUUAAUAAAUAUGUAUUUCCCACGUACCUACUCUUUUCAUGUAGGAAUAAUCUUGUUGUGUGCAUAGAGAGCAAAAAUAUAUAUAACUGCGUACAUCUUGAGUUAGGGAGACUAAUGAUUGUAAUUUAUUUGUGUAUUUUAUUUGAGAGUUUAUGUUACCAGCUAGAGUUUUUGAAGAAUUUGGUUGAAUACUUGGAGUGUUUUAAACGUAGAUGGUUAAUUUGGUUUUGUAUUUAAAUUUAUUUUAAUCGUUAAGGUUUGGUUCUCGUGAAUGAUUGCUAUCUUAAGGGAGCUAGAGUUAGGCGCUAUUUAGCCUUGCUUUCCGCAAUUAUUGGUCCACCUGAAGGAUAUAUGCUUGGCUAAAGGGAGAGUUAGGCAGCUAUUUAGGCCAUAAUAGUACUCUUUCCUAUGAUAUAUCAAUUCAUAUGAUAUGUUGUCUUCAUCACACCGCAUACUUUUAUAUCUUUUGUUGUCUUCAUCACGGCACAAACUUUAUUUUCUGGAAGCUUCAAAUUAUCAACUCGUGUUAAAUCGUGAAAAAAGAAGAAUUUUCAAUGUUUAUUAUUCUACGUUACAAUGAAGAAAUGUGCCUGUUCUUAAAGAGGAUCUGUGAAGAAUUCUAAAAUAGCUAAUACUAAGGAUUAAUAUUUCAAAAGUAGAAUACUUCACAGAUAAAAAAAAGUGUUCUACACAAACAUCUUUGCGUAUCUUAGGCCUAGCAUUAUGUACAAUAAUGUUUAUCUUAAUCAAAAAAGCUUAAUCUAUCAAAAGUUCAUUGUAUCUAGAUCCAUUUCUGUUUGACAAAAAGAAAAAUCUAGAGCCAUCUUCAUACCUACAUUAUAUAUAAUAUAAACAUAUUCGUAUCUAUAUAUAUUCAAAGAAACCAUCAGUUGAGUAAUACAAAAACUAAGCAAGAACUAUUAGUGUUGUAGAGGAACGUUUCUCUCAUCUAAUGUCUUCUUCAUACGUAUCAUCAACCUACGAGCCGAAGAAUGGUGGAGAACAUCCAAAGAGAGCGGGGAUGGUGGAGAAUAAUCCGGCAAGGAAGAGGUCAGUGAAAGAACGUGACAUCAACGAAAGUGCGGAGGAAUUUAUACAAAAGUUCAGAAAGCAGCUCCUCCAAACGGUUGGAAUCAACUGCCAGUGACAGCAAUGCCCAUAAUUUUAACUAGUAGAAAUCAUCACCUAUAUCGUUUUUAACCCAAAAAGAUCUUUGAAAUCUUGGGAUUGUAU